AUGCAACUCUCAACACUUCUCCCCUUACUUGCUCUACUCGCUACUCCUGCCCUCUCAUCCAACACCCACCGACGACACUUCGCCAAAUCAGUUAACCACGCUCGAGCCGUCGAACGAUUGGCCACUGUCGUUGAAAGACGUCAAGGUUCAAUCGACGCUGGAUUCCCACGAGCGUUAUCCGAAAAACCCAAAAGGAAGGUAGUCAAGAAAAGAGGAACAUGUAAAGCGAAGACCACCUCUGCAACGACCGCCGUCGCUACAGACGCCGCCUCGACCACCAUUGCGGAAGCGCUUGCAGCUGCACCUACCACUUCAACCUCCUCAAACUCAUGGUCAAGUCCUAAAGAGAACUACGUGAACACGAACACUACAGAUUCGCAAGCACAAGUUUCCCCUUCUUCUACUACUACUGAAUAUUCUGUCACCUCUACUGCUUCAGAAUACUCUGCCGCAACUACCGCUUCCUCAACCUCAGCCUCAGCAGCUGCCGCUACAUCCGCAACUUCAACCUCCAGCAACGGAAGUUAUACUCCUAAUGGUAUCAAAGCUGGUAUCGCAGGUGGAGACGCUUACGAUCAAUGUGAAGCUCAUAUCGGUUGGUGGUACGACUGGUCCGCCGACCCUUCUGGCCACUCUGGCACCCCCAUCGCUGUGCCAAUGCUGUGGGGUGCAGGUACUUCAGACAGUACCGAUGCUUCCCGAUUGUCCAUCUUUGAAGCUAUCACCACCGCUCCUCAAUACAUCAUGGGUUUCGAAGAACCUGACUGUUCCACCUGGGGAAGUGCUAAUGUCGCUGUUUCUGUCGCUGCUACUCUUUGGAACACACUCAUCGGUCCUUGGAAAGCCAAAGGAUCAACUCUACUGUCUCCAUCAAUGUGUCAUCAAGCUGCCGAUGCGUACACCGGAUACUUGUCUUCCUUCCAGAGUCAGAUUACUGUGCCUUGGGAUAUCACCAAUAUCCACGUCAACAAAAACAGCAUGGACGGUGUAAAAGCUGACAUUGAUUAUUACUAUAAUACUUUUGGUAAACCCAUCUGGGUGACUGAGUUCGCAUGCGUCGAUGACAGUUCAUCUUUCAUCCCUUGUACCGACCAAUCAGAGAUCAACACUUUCAUCAACGAGAUUGUUGCUUUGUUCGAGUCAGACUCGAGAGUACAUGCCUACGCCUACUCGAACGGUGAUGGAUUAGGAGAUGUUUGGCCAAUGUACCAAAACGGUGCAUUGAGUGAAUCCGGUCAAACAUACAUCAACGCCAUUGCAGCAUAUCAUUAA